UGCAGUAUGUAAGUGAUAAACGGUAUUAUCGUCAUUGGGUUGCAGAUACUAGCAUAGCAUAUUUUUCAUUUCAUUAUUGAAUUGUCACCACUGCAUUAUGACAAACCAAUCGUCUACUGGAAACCAUUCAUGUCAUUUCAAAAUAAACUGGAUUCAACUGCUACAGAUUUAUAAAACUCAUACAAAAUAUUUUGUUAUCGGUUCAAACAAUGCUGAAACAAAAUUCAAAGUUUUGAAAAUAGAUAGAAGUGAACCAAAAAAUCUUGUAAUAGAAGAAGACAAAGCUGAGUACACCUUGCCGCAAGUAAAAGAGAUUAUAGAGCGAUUACAUGCAGGAAAUUGGGGGAGACGUCAGUCGUCAUGGAGACAAAGAGGCCUUGUACAAACAUUGACAGCAUUUGGAAUUAUAGGAUUCGUUCGUUUUUUAGAAGGUUAUUAUAUGAUAUUGGUCACAAAGCGCUCAGUCGCAGCAGAAUUAGGUGGCCACAGAAUAUUUAAAGUUGAAGAUACUUCUAUGAUAUAUAUACCAAACAGCAAUGCUCGCAUAAGUCACCCGGACGAAUCAAGAUAUUUGAAAAGCUUUCAAAUGGUGGAUUUAUCCAGCAACUUCUACUACAGUAAUAGUUAUGAUUUAAGCAAUAGUCUCCAACAAAAUGUAACCUUCCAGUAUGCUUGUACAAAUAUUAACAGUUCUGAUAAUGAAGAUAAUCUUUUGGAUGCUGAUACGAGUACUGCGAGCGGGUCUACCCCAGAAUCUUGGCAUUAUGACGAGUCUGCUGAAGAGGAUGGAGCCAGUAGUAACGGUAAAGAAACUAAAAAUAAUGUUCAGAAAUUGGCAAUGUGCAUAGAAGCAACCCCAUGCAAAAGAUAUAUAUGGAACAGUUUUUUGAAAGAACCCAUACCGGAAUCACUAAGUCACAUAGCUUCUGAUUGGACAGUAGAUGUCAUCCAUGGUUUUCUUGGGCAGAUAAAGAUUAAUGUUUAUGGAAAGCCUGUUUAUGUGACUCUAAUUGCUAGACGAUCGAGUUGUUUUGCUGGUACUAGAUUUUUGAAAAGAGGAUGUAAUAUUCAUGGGGAUAUCGCCAAUGAGGUGGAAACUGAACAAAUUGUACAUUCAGCAACAGUGACAUCUUUUCUAAAAGGACAUUAUACUGCAUAUAUUCAGCAUAGAGGCAGUGUACCUGUGCAUUGGUUUCAAGAUAUUACCGCAAGUGUUGUGCCAGCAAAACCCCCGAUUACUAUAGCAAUGUCAAAUCCUUAUGCACAAGUUACAGGAAAACAUUUCUCCCAACUAUACCAUCGGUAUGGAUCACCCAUUAUUGUGCUUAAUUUAGUAAGAAAACACGAGAGGAGGACCCACGAAAGUCAGCUUGGCAAAGCAUUCAAAUCAGCGAUUGAUUACUUAAACCUAUUUUUGCCAGUUGACCAGCAAAUUAUCUAUCAAACUCUGGAUAUGGCAAAUCUAUCUCAUUCAACCAAGUCUGAUGUUCUGGUAAAACUGGCAAUGAUAGCAGAAACUGAUUUACAACGUACUGGUUUCUUUCAGAGCAAUAUGCAACUUUUCCAACACACUUUGAAUAAGAAUCCGAAGUGGGCUGAGUUGAAAGGGGUGAAAUUUGGACCAUUUCGACUACAAACUGGCGUUGUUCGAUCAAAUUGUGUUGACUGUUUAGAUCGCACAAACUCUGCACAGUUUAUAUCAUCGAAAUGUGCUCUAGCAUAUCAGCUGUUUUCUCUUGGAUUGCUCCAAACUCCUGAAAUAGAGUUUGACACGGAUGCCACAAGAUUAUUCGAGGAGUUGUUUGAGGAACAUGGAGACAUAAUAGCCCUGCAAUAUGGUGGAUCUCAACUGGUACAUACCAUCCAGUCAUACCGACAGACUGCAGUAUUAGCAUCUCAUUCCAGAGAUAUUGUGACAACACUUUCUCGUUACUACAGCAAUACAUUCUCCGAUACAUACAAACAGUCUGCAAUCAACCUGUUUCUUGGUAUCUACAGGCCAGAAGAGCACGACUGCCCACAGUGGGAUUUAUCUACCGAUGUUUAUCUUCACAAUGUUGGGGAUGAUAUCUUGGCAUCAUUCGAAAACAAUAAUUACACUAUGUGGCUGAAUUCUGCAUUACGAUCAGUGUUACCAUUGCCGUUAGAUUUCGUGACGUCAUUUCAAACUGCCAAUUGUUUGAAGAAUCAUAUGACAGAAAUGAAAUAUUUCACAGCUAGUGAUUCAAAAGUUGAUUGGUUUAAUGAAUUUUACAGGACUGGGGAAUUAACUUCAUUUGAUGACCUAUUUGGUCUGACCAUAGUCGACUCAAUGACGGGAUGUUUAGCUAAUGGUUACAACAAUAUUAGUCCCUUUGCUUUGAGAGCUGACAAAUGGCAGGAAAUCAAGAACCAGAAUAAAGUAUCAGAUAGCUUGUCAUCACAGAGUUCUCUAGAUCAAAGUUCAUCUUCUGAUGAUGAUUCAGUUCUAGAAGUGCGAUAUACCGCUGAUGACAUUGUCAACGUUGCAACAAAAUCAAUGUUGAAAUAUCCUGUUCCAUCUGACCCCAUCAACCCUCUAGAUGAGUUUUCACCCAGAGAAUCAUAUGGGGAUAAAAUAUCGUGGACUCCUUCAAGGAAGGACCUGAAUUUGUAUCGACGGUAUAUUGCUGUUGAGGACAUUCAUAAUAAAUUCAUUCCCAAUUCGGUCUUCAGCCAAGACAGCAUUUAUCAUGUUGAACCGCCCACAGUAGGUCGACAGUCUCGACAAAUAUAUGAAAAAAGUGUAGCCUGCUGUACCCAAUAUCCUACAACCCUGCUGACCAACUACAGAGUUUAUCAAGAUUACGUUAAUUCCGUGGGAGAAAUGCAUUAGCCUUUGCUGUAAUCUUUUUACUUUUUGUGUAAAUGUGCAAUAAUCUGGAUUGAUUUCAUCUAUUUGCUCUGUGUAUUUUUUCGUCAAACUUUGUCCUGUACUACACGUUCUUGGGGAAUAUAAGUGCAAAUUUCAAUGGUUAUCGUUCAGAUAAUAUUUUAUGCCAGGUUUCUUCCACUUUGGGAAUCUGUAGUACUUCUUCCAAUACUCCAACCAAAUGAAUUGGCGUGGCUGUUUAUGGAAUGACAUACGGUUCCGAUUGUUCGUUUAUGUGACAAUAAGGAUUUAUCAUACAACUGUCAAUGAAAUUUAUUUAAGAAAACAUAAAUCUGCACUGAAUUUAUAUAUUUAUGAGUAGACCAUGGCAGUUGGUGAAAUUAUAAUGUAAUGUCCAAUAAUAGCCCAACUUCUUGUGAAGUUUUUUUUAAUUGGAUCCACUAUCUGGGGAUAAGGAUAUUGGUUUGGAUUAAAGUAGAAAUUAAUGCUAUUCGAAAAAUAUGUAUGUGGAUGAUAAAAAUUGUAGUUUUAUGACAUUCAUGUAUCUUAUUGAAAUAAACUGAAUUAAUAAGUCUGAAAU